AUGCGUGCAGCUGGCGGCAGUGCCUCAGAGAUGGUCGUGCGCAAGUUCCACGAUGCCCUUGCCAGGUCGCCCGACACAGCUGUGGCUGUUGCGGCCAUCAAGGCGCUGACUAGUGUCAUAGAGAGGAGCACAGCAACCACCAUGAUGGGCCUGGAGAAGGAGCUGAAGGAUGCAGCAUCAUCCUUGGAAAGGUGCAACGAGACGGCUAUUUCGCUGAAGGCGGGCUGCCAGCUCUUCCUGCGCUACAUCACAAGGACGUCCGCCCUGGACAUGGAAAACUUUGAGGCCGCCAAGGCGCGCAUCAUUGAGCGGGGCAACUAUUUUGCGGAGACGUCGGUGCGGGCGCGGGCGAUGAUAGCGGAGGUUGGCGCACGCUUCAUCCGGCCGGGCUCCAUGCUGCUCGUGCACGGCCACUCCCGCGUUGUUCUCGCUCUCCUGCGCAAGGCCGUCGCCCAGGGCAUCCAGUUCAGCGUGGUGAUCACAGAGGGGCGGCCGGACGAGACCGGUCUGACGAUGGCUCAAGCGCUUGAUAACAUGCGCGUUCCAACCAUCGCCAUACUAGACAGCGCCGUCGCCUAUGCGCUGGAGGCCUUCAGGGUGGACAUGGUGCUGGUGGGUGCCGAGGGAGUUGUGGAGAAUGGAGGGGUAAUCAACAAAUUGGGAACUUUCCAGGCGGCGCUCGCCGCCAGCUGCCAUAACAUCCCCUUCUAUGUCGCUGCAGAAUCCUACAAGUUUGCGAGAUUGUACCCUUUGGGCCAGAGGGAUUUACCGAUAGAGAGGAAGCACGUGGACUUUGGACCCCUGAUGCCCCGAAACACACACAUCGAGAACCCCUCACGAGAUUACACGCCCCCAAAAUACAUAUCUCUGCUCUUCACUGAUCUCGGAGUGCUCACACCUGCAGCAGUCUCCGACGAGCUCAUACAGCUCUAUCUCUGA